CUCUCCCACCUCUAGAUGAACAGUACAGUGGGCAUAGUGCACAAGCGUAAUUCUCUCUCUCGGUUCACGGAGGCCGUCAGCAUCCUGACCAUCCAAAGUGUCAACGUCACCGACACCGGCACUUACACCUGCUCUGCCAUCACUGUGGAGAAAAGAAUGGAUCUGGCAACUCAAGUCAUAGUGCACGAGAAGCCAUUCAUCAGCCUAGACUACAGGAGCAGCCCGGUCGUCGAGGCAACAUCAGGACAGAAGUCCUUUAAACUGUUAGCCAAGGUGUCAGCAUACCCCAGACCUGACAUACAGUGGUAUAAAGGUGAUAAGUUGAUCAGCCGUCGUCCAGAGUUCAACAGGAUGCGUCUCCAUCAGCACUAUAACUUAGAGAUCAGAGACGUUCACCCUGAGGAUGCUGGGAACUACACCGUCCUCCUCAAGAACACCGUGGCCUUGCUGGAGAGGAGAAUCACCAUCACACUCAUCGUCAACGUUCCCCCUCAGAUCCAUGAGAAGGAAAUAGCGGCACCAUCUAGCCCAUAUGGCCGUGGCAGCAGCCAGACCCUCACCUGUACAGGGUACGGACGUCCCGCCCCCAACAUCACCUGGCAGUGGAGGAGAUGGAGCCCCUGUGGUCUCAACAGCAUGAGUCGGAGGGAUCGUAAAGGGCGUAGCGACAGCGUCUCAGACUGUCAGAACUGGCAGGACCUGGACUCACAGAACACCGUUAAUAAAAUAGAAAACAUCGAGACGUCAGUCGAAGUGGUGGAUGGGAGGCAGAAGAUAGUCAGCAGACUGGUGAUCCAGAACGCCAGUGUAUCAGUCAUGUAUAAAUGUUCUGCUAACAACAAAGUGGGUAAAGACCAGAAGCUGAUAUACUUCUAUGUGACCACUAUCCCAGAAGGGUUCAGUGUAGAGCUGGGUCCGUCUGAGGAACCUCUGGAGCAGGAGGAGGUGUCGCUAAGCUGCAUCGCUGACAACUACACCUACGAACAGCUCACCUGGUACAGACUGGACCCGCAGGCGCUGCAGGAUGAGCGUGGUAAACCCCUGGAGCUGGACUGUCGUAGUGUCCACCUGUACGCUGACCGCCUGGAUGGACAACUGACCUAUCAGGAGCAGUCUAACAGCUGGGUCCUGGAGAUGACCAUCGCUAGCAUCACGCUACAGGAUGAAGGGAACUAUGUCUGUGAGGUUCAGAAUAGGAGGAGCCGAGAGAAACACUGUCUACGCAAAUACAUAUCGGUUAAAGCUCUAGAAGCCCCCUGGUACAGACACAACCCGACCAAUCAGACAGUGAACAUCAGUGAGUCUCUCCUGAUGGAGUGUGAUGUAAUGGGAACUCCUUCCCCACACCUCUCCUGGUUCAAAGACAACCAGCCCCUGCACCAAAUGUCAGGACUGCAGCUACAGGACGCCAACAGGACGUUGAGUAUCCAGCGAGUCAGAGAAGAGGACGCCGGUCUCUACACCUGCACCGCCUGUAAUCAGAGGGGCUGCGCACACUCCUCCGCUGCCGUCACAGUGCUGGGUUCCAGUGACAGGGCUAACGUGGAGAUCGUGAUUCUGAUUGGGACAGGCGUCUUCGCUGUGUUCUUCUGGGCUCUACUCAUCCUCAUCUUCUACAACGUCAAACGGGUGAACCCGGCAGACAUAAAGACAGGCUAUCUGUCCAUCAUAAUGGACCCAGGGGAGGUACCCCUGGAUGAGCAGUUUGAAUACCUCUCGUACGACUCCUCCCAGUGGGAGAUAUCUGUGGACAAACUACGACUAGGGAAGGUGUUGGGUCAUGGAGCGUUUGGGAAGGUCAUCGAGGCCUCCAUCUUUGGAAUCAGCAAGAAGAGCAGCCUGGACACUGUGGCGGUGAAGAUGUUGAAAGAGGGAGCGUGUGCCAGUGACCACAAGGCUCUGAUGUCAGAGCUGAAGAUCCUGAUCCACAUUGGGAACCAUCUGAACGUGGUCAACCUCCUGGGGGCAUGCACCAAGCCCAGCGCCCCCCUCAUGGUGGUGGUGGAGUACUGCAAGUAUGGGAACCUGUCCAACUACCUGAGAGCCAAGAGAGAGUUCUUCCUACCUUACAGGGACCGCUCCCCUAAGACUCAGAGCCAGGUGAGACGCAUGAUAGAGGCGGGACAAGUGGAGCAGAGAGCCCGCCUCCCACCCACAUCCUCCUCCUCUAUUGGCAGCCCCCAGAGUCAGUCAUCCAGCAAGUCCAAUCAGAAGAGCCCAUCUCCUGCUGUGGAAAAGAUGGAGGACCUGUGGAAGACUCCUCUCACUAUAGAAGAUCUGAUCUGCUAUAGUUUCCAGGUGGCCAGAGGAAUGGAGUUCCUGGCCUCGCGAAUGUGUAUCCACAGGGACCUUGCAGCGAGGAACAUCCUGCUGUCAGAGAACAACGUGGUGAAGAUCUGUGACUUCGGCCUGGCUAGAGACAUCUACAAAGACCCCGACUACGUCAGGAAAGGCAACGCCCGUCUGCCACUGAAGUGGAUGGCUCCAGAUAUCUUUGACAAGGUCUACACCAGCCAGUCUGACGUCUGGUCCUUUGGUGUUCUACUCUGGGAGAUCUUCUCUCUGGGUGCAUCUCCGUACCCAGGUGUCCAGAUCGAUGAGGACUUCUGUAAACGACUGAAAGAUGGAACCAGGAUGAGAGCUCCUGAAACAGCUUCCCCUGAGAUCUAUGGUAUAAUGCUGGCCUGCUGGCAGGGCGAGCCCCGAGAGAGACCUCCCUUCCAAGCCCUGGUAGAUAUCCUGGGAGACCUCCUCCAGGACGACAGCCUCCCAGAUGGUAAGGACUACAUCCCCCUGAAUCCGUCCCAGAGCUCUGAGGAAGACAGCUUCUCUCAGGCCUCAUCACGACCCACAUCACAGGAGGAGAUGAGACUGGCCUGUCACAGCCUGCCCAUCAGGUAUUAUAACUGUGUGCCCUUCGCGGGCUGUGUGUUCGUGGGGCCGUCGAAGCUGUCGUCAUGCCAACCCAGAGUCAAGACGUUUGAGGAGCUACCAAUGGAAACGGCCUGGUAUAAAACCCACAACAACGGAGACAACCAGACAGACAGUGGGAUGGUUCUGGCGUCAGAGGAGUUUGACAUGAUCCAACACGAACACAGAGGAGCCAACAGGAGCACAGAGCGCCUGGUGGUGGUAGAGUCCAGCGGUAGCUCUGUUAGUUCCAGACACCGACCCGCCUUCCUCUCCCAGCUCUCUGGCCAGACCUUUUACAACAACGAGUAUGGUCAGCUGUCAGAGGAGGGCAGGGUCCUGGACUUCUUCUCCUCCCCUGAUGAUACACGCUGCCUCGCAUCCUCCAACCUGUGAUGUCUCAUUAUCAUCAUCUCACUGGGCUAGCCCCUCCCCCUCCAACCUGUGAUGUCUCAUUAUCAUAAUCUCAGUGGGCUAGCCCCUCCCCCUCCAACCUGUGAUGUCUCAUUAUCAUCAUCUCAGUGGGCUAGCCCCUCCCCCUCCAAUGUCAUCAUUAUCAUCAUCUCAGUGGGCUAGCC